AACCGGUGAGAGAGGAUGAAGAAAGUAAUAAAGAUUGUGUUGGUGGUAAAAGAGGAAGAGCCCAAACAGCUCCAACAAAAACUUCUCCUAGAAAUGCAAAAAAGCAUGAUGAGUUAUGGCACGAUGGAGUGUGCCCAUCAGUAUCAAAUCCUUUAGAAGUUUACCUCAUACCCACACCACCUGAAAAUAUAACUUUUGAAGACCCGUCGUUAGAUGUGAUUCUUCUUUUAAGAGUUUUACAUGCCAUCAGUCGAUACUGGUAUUACUUGUAUGAUAAUGCAAUGUGCAAGGAGGUUAUUCCAACUAGUGAAUUUAUUAACAGUAAGUUGACAGCAAAAGCAAAUAGGCAGCUUCAAGACCCUUUAGUGAUCAUGACAGGAAACAUCCCGACGUGGCUUACUGAACUAGGAAAAACCUGCCCAUUUUUCUUCCCUUUUGAUACCCGGCAAAUGCUUUUUUAUGUAACUGCAUUUGAUCGGGACCGAGCAAUGCAAAGAUUACUUGAUACCAACCCAGAAAUCAACCAGUCUGAUUCUCAAGAUAGCAGAGUUGCACCUAGAUUGGAUAGAAAAAAACGAACUGUGAACAGAGAGGAGCUGCUAAAACAAGCUGAGUCUGUGAUGCAGGAUCUGGGCAGCUCACGGGCCAUGUUAGAAAUCCAGUAUGAAAAUGAGGUUGGUACAGGUCUUGGGCCUACACUGGAGUUUUAUGCACUUGUAUCUCAGGAACUGCAGAGAGCUGACUUGGGUCUCUGGAGAGGUGAAGAAGUAACUCUUAGCAAUCCAAAAGGAAACCAAGAAGGGACCAAGUAUAUUCAAAACCUCCAGGGCCUGUUCGCGCUUCCUUUUGGUAGGACAGCUAAGCCAGCUCAUAUCGCAAAGGUUAAGAUGAAGUUUCGCUUCUUAGGAAAAUUAAUGGCCAAGGCUAUCAUGGAUUUCCGAUUGGUGGACCUUCCCCUUGGCUUACCUUUUUAUAAAUGGAUGCUACGGCAAGAAACGUCACUGACAUCGCACGAUUUGUUUGACAUUGACCCAGUUGUAGCCAGAUCAGUGUAUCACCUAGAAGACAUUGUCAGACAGAAGAAAAGACUUGAACAAGAUAAAUCCCAGACCAAAGAGAGUCUACGAUAUGCAUUAGAAACCCUGACUAUGAAUGGCUGUUCAGUUGAAGAUCUAGGAUUGGAUUUUACUCUGCCAGGGUUUCCCAACAUCGAACUGAAGAAAGGAGGAAAGGAUAUACCAGUCACAAUCCACAAUCUCGAGGAGUAUUUGAGACUGGUUAUAUUCUGGGCACUAAAUGAAGGCGUUUCCAGGCAAUUUGAUUCAUUCAGAGAUGGAUUUGAAUCCGUCUUCCCACUCAGUCAUCUUCAGUACUUCUACCCAGAAGAACUGGACCAGCUCUUGUGUGGCAGUAAGGCAGACACUUGGGAUGCAAAGACACUGAUGGAAUGCUGCAGGCCAGAUCACGGUUACACUCACGACAGUCGGGCUGUGAAGUUUUUGUUUGAGAUUCUCAGUAGUUUUGAUAAUGAGCAGCAGAGGUUAUUUCUGCAGUUUGUGACAGGUAGCCCAAGAUUGCCUGUUGGAGGCUUCCGGAGUUUGAAUCCACCUUUGACAAUUGUCCGGAAGACAUUUGAGUCAACAGAAAACCCGGAUGACUUUCUGCCCUCCGUAAUGACUUGUGUGAACUAUCUGAAGUUGCCGGACUAUUCAAACAUUGAUAUAAUGCGGGAAAAACUGUUGAUAGCAGCAAGAGAAGGGCAGCAGUCGUUCCAUCUUUCCUGAUCACACCAAGAAAUGCAGUGUCUGCCUGUUACAGCAAAA